AUGGGCUGGUUAGCGCCGCGGCUCGGCGUGACGCGGCUGUACACUCUCGGCCUGCUGGUGGCCGGAGUCACCACGGUCGCGUUCGGUCUACUCACCUACGUGGAGACGCCGGCAGCGUUUCUGGCCUGGUCUCUGACGGUGCGGUCUGCCGAGGCCGUCGGCACUGCUGCUGGUCAGACGGCGGCGCGAACCAUCAUCAUCAACCAGUUUCCACGGCGGAUGAACUCGGCCAUGAGCCUGGUGGAGGGCAUGAUUGGUGCUGGCCUGUGCCUGGGCCCUGCCAUCGGUGGCCCAAUGUAUGCCCUUGGUGGCUACGGAGCACCGUUCUACACACUCGGUACAUUGUUCUUCGCCACCGCCGCCACCAGCCUGCUCCUGAUGCCGACAAUGACGGACCACUCGACCGAGAGGACGGAGAAGGGCGAUGCAGAUCGCAACUACCGCGACAUGCUGAUUCUGGUGUUCUCCACAGCCGACAACUGGCUGAUAUCCGCGGCGCUGCUGGUAGCCGCAAUGAACUGGACGGCCAUGGACCCCAGCAUGGAGCCCUACAUGCACGCCGUCCUCGGCAUCCAGCCGGCCGAGCUGAGCCUCUUCUUCCUGGGCUCGUUCGCCGGCUACGCUCUCUCCAGUCCGCUGUGGGGCCGACUCUCGGACUACAUCGACAACACGUUCCUGCUGGUGGCCGGCAGCCUGGCGCCCACCGCUCUCGGCGUGCUGCUGAUCCCUCCGUCCCCCCUGCUCGGUCUCCGGCCGUCCCGUGUGCUACUCGGUGUGGGGAUGACGCUGCGCGAGGUGUUUCAAAGCGGUGCCUACCUGCCGUUGCUGCCGCUGAUGGUGCGUCGUUCGGCCGCCCGCGGUCUGCAGAGCGAUGUAAGCGGCCAGGCGCUGGUUUCGGCGGUGUUUGGAGCGGCCUACUCCCUGGGUAACGUGCUCGGUCCGGUGGGCGGCGGGCUGGUGACGGACCUCUGGGGGUACCCGACCCUGGCCACCUGGCUCGGAGGUGUCACUGUGCUCCUCUGCCUGGUUAUGGCAAUCCGUGGGGUGGUGUACCAUGUCGGUAAAUAA